AUGGUGAGCCAGGGGGGCCCCCCGGGGGGCCCCCCCGAGGAGCUUUUUGGGGACGGGGGCCCCGAGAGCCAAGUGGGUACAAUGAUGCACAAGUUGAUAGUGUGCAACAACACGCAGCGGGAGCGGGCAGCAGCAGCAGCAGCAGCGCUGCGGUGCAGCAGCAGCAGCGGGGGCGCGGGGGGCGCGGGGAAGGAGGCGCAGCAGGAGGCGCUGCUGCAGCAGCAGCAGCAGCAGCAGCGGCGCAGCAGCAGCCACAGCAGCAGACUCCGCCUCACCCCCGUCGAACUCCUCACUUCCCCACUAAGACACGCCAAUGUGCUGGACCUGUGGGGCCCCAAAGAAGUGGCUCUCUUCGAAGCCGGAAUUUGCAAGUUCGGCAAAGACUUCAAUUUGCUGCAGCGGCUCAUUCAAACCAAAUCCACCAAAGAAAUCGUCGACUUUUACUACCUUUGGAAACAAACCAACAGAUAUGACGCCUGGAAGAGGAGCUUUUUGGGGACGGGGGCCCCGAGAGCCAACGGGGGCGCGGGGGGCGCGGGGAAGGAGGCGCAGCAGGAGGCGCUGCUGCAGCAGCAGCAGCAGCAGCAGCGGCGCAGCAGCAGCCACAGCAGCAGACUCCGCCUCACCCCCGUCGAACUCCUCACUUCCCCACUAAGACACGCCAAUGUGCUGGACCUGUGGGGCCCCAAAGAAGUGGCUCUCUUCGAAGCCGGAAUUUGCAAGUUCGGCAAAGACUUCAAUUUGCUGCAGCGGCUCAUUCAAACCAAAUCCACCAAAGAAAUCGUCGACUUUUACUACCUUUGGAAACAAACCAACAGAUAUGACGCCUGGAAGACCCACCGCAGCCUUUCCAAAACCAUGCUCCACUCCGUCUUCGGCUAA